UAACAAUAAUUUGUUCAUUUCCAUCCAGUCAAAAAAUCUCUUAUUUAGUAUAUUCCACAAAUUUAAAAAGAAAAUAUUUAUUGACUUGGAACAAAAUCGUUAAAUUUUUUAUUGCACACAGCACGUCAAACAGUCAGCAAUUAAAGCGUAUCACGUUAUUCUUCUAAAAAUAAAAUCCGUAGCGGCCGUUCAAUUUUGCCGCUCAUUAAUUUAUAGUUUUGGGAAAAUUCUCACGAUAAUAUGUGCUCAACACUGUCACAUGUCUCAAGAGCACGCAUGUAUAAGCGCAAAAUACUAUGGCAGAUCAAAAGCAGUUGUUAUUACAUAAUACCGCAUUGUCCCUAGUGAGGCAAUGAAAAAAUGCACAGUAUCCAAGCUAGUUACGAUAAGCACGAUCAGAUAAUUGCGAAAACCUUGUUUCGCUCCACGCGGCUGUGAGAAAAAGGCAAAAAAUAGACGUUAACAGUGAAUCUGCCAGGGAACACCGUUUAUAUCUCGCGUUACGCCUCUGUAAUAUCGAUCUGGUCGGCCAGUGGACAUGCGUUUAGCGCCUUUAACUUCAUUGUGACAGGUGCCCUGUCCGGGGUAUCCUGUUCGAAGUGACUCGUCGGUAGGAGCACUAUAACUGUAAUAAAUAAUGUGACAUCACUGCACGCGCGACGUGUAGCUCACAAUCGCGGCCCCGACUGACGCGAGAUCAUGUAUCCCGUGCAUAUUUGCUGAACAACGAAGCACUGCGAGAGCUGUCUACUAGUGUCUGGAACAUGUGCCUUUGCUACGACUAAGAACCCCGUUAAUCUGAAGAAAAAAAAAAGAAACAUGACUGCUAUAGGCGACGUGCAAGCCUUGCAAACUCUCACAGUUUACACCAGCGAUAUAAACAGCGUCGACUUCGCCGGUGAUUGCGUGCUGGUUACGGGAUCCGGAGACAAACGCGUCCGAGUUUGGGAAUGGCAACCCGGCACUGGCUACACGGAGGCUUACUUUUCGCCCUUGAUGGGACACAAGUAUGGUGUAACCGCGGUCAAAGUCAGCCCCCAAUCCACCAUGCUAGCCACGUCCAGCAUAGACGGUACCACGCUGCUUUGGAAUUUACGUACGGGAACGAAGAUACACACUAUGGUUCAAGUGGGCGGCGAAGCGGUGAGAGUAUGCAGAUUUUCACCAGAUUCGACGUUACUCGCCACCGCUGGAGAUAACGGACAAGUUUGCAUCUGGGAUCUGGUUCACCGGAAUUUAAUCAGAUGCUUUCAAAAGCACGAGGGUGCCGUGCAGAGCGUGUCUUUUUCGCCGGAUUCCUGCUGGCUGAUCACCUCGUGCACCUUGGGUGUCCUGAAGCUAUUCUCCACUGCCGAACUGAUCGACACUUGUACCUCUAGCAAUCAAGAUGUCACGGAACUCGCUUCAAUUGACGAUGUUCACGACAUGGGGAUAGUUUGCUGCGACUUCUCGUGUUUUCAAGAAGUCACGUGUAACGAGCCGUACACUAAACUCUAUCAGCUGGUAACAUGCGGCAACGACCACGACGUAAAACUGUGGGAAGUUAUAGUGAGCCAGAAUAAAUGCGAGGCCCAACCUUCUACUGCCACUGUACAGCUUUGCAGAGUAAUGGAAAAGCACAGCAGUGCCUUAACUUGCGUCCGUUUCAGCAGCAACGGAUUAUACAUUGCCAGCUGUGGCCUCGAUAAAACGGCAGUAAUUUGGGAAACGAGCUCAGGAAAGAUCGUGUCGAUAGUAUCCGGUCACAAUAGAUACAUCGCUUGCUGCGCUUUUUCGCGCGACGGCAAUUUAUUAGCGACAGGCUCUAAUGAUAAAUCGGUGAUCGUGUGGGACUUGACGGGAAAUCUAAAUAUCGAUUCCGAACUCUCGAGAGUAGGCACAAAGUGGCUCAUGAAUGAUCCUGAAAAGAGCACCAUGCACGAGCAAGAUGUGAUGAGGAACGUUGAGACGUACGCCAAUGAGGUGAAAUUGAUACAAAGACUGGAGGAACAUAACGGGGCGGUUAACAGCGUUGCCUUCUACGGGAAUAAUCUUUUAGCCUCAGCUUCAGGGGAUAAAUUAGUGCGUAUGUGGGAUGUAGAGACGGAAGAAGAGGACGGAGAGGAGUUGAUCAAGAUACAGGAAAAACCUUUCAGUCCUCUCGAUGGUCAUACCUACAGUAUCAACUACGUAGAAUUCAGUCCGUGCGGUACGAUGCUCGCCUCCUGCUCGCUCGAUGGAACGACUCUGGUUUGGAACACACAGGUUGGCGGUCAAGCGAAGUCUUCAUUCGUCAAUUCUGGGACAGGCAUUCGAGUGUGCCGUUGGUCACCGGAUGGCGUGAAGAUUGCCACCGCGGGUGACGAUGAGAAGACGACGUUAUGGGAUGUGAAGACCAUGGAUGAGUUGCAACAAUGUUACAGUGUCUUCGAGGGACAUGCUGACGCGAUAUCGGCCAUCGCGUUUACGCACGAUUCUCGAUACUUGGUAACCGCGUGUAACGAGGGCGCUUGGCGGCUCUUCGACACUCUAGAUGAAAAAAAUGCUAGCGAGGCAUUGAUAGUUUGCGACGCUAGUCACGAUCUGGGUGUCCAAGGAUGCGACUUCAGCCCUAAUUCAAGCUCCACGAUGUGCACCAGAGACUCGGAUAUGAACGUCGACCAGCAGAUAUAUCUCUUGGCGACGUGUGGCAACGAUUCGUUGGUCAAACUGUGGCACGUGAUUAUUUCGAACGAACCACCACCCGACCCGGACAGCAUCGGAACGAGCGACAGCGGAACGCGUUACAAGGAGAAGAAAUCCUUGGCCGGGCACGGCGGAAAUGUGAUGUGCGUCCGUUUCUCACCUGUCCAUGGGGAAGUUUUAGGCAGCGUCGCGACCGACAGGACAGCUCGUAUAUGGAGCGUGUUUUCCGGAAGCUGCCUGUACGUCUUGGAGGAUCAUGACAGUUUAGUCACGUCGUGCGCAUUUUCCGAAGAUACAUCUCUCUUUGCCACAGGUGCGUUGGAUAAGACUGUUCUGGUUUGGAAAGUGCCGCAACAAUUAGUAUCACAAAGUAAUCUAAUAGACAGUUUGAGAAACAAGAAAAAGAGGGUGACAGAUUGGAAUAUACACGACACUUUGAAAUGGCUGAAUGACAUCGAGCUAUCCAGACUGUCCAGGAAAGUACUUCGUCUGGGAUUGACUGGACGACACUUGCUGUCCAUAUCGGCAAACGAGCUGAUAUCUCGAUUAGAUAUCGAGGAUGACGAGGCGGUGGAAACAUUGCAAAAACAAUUAUAUUGGCUGAAACGUGAAGAUCUCAAUGUUACAGAGAAUAUAGACGAGUCUGAGAUUCCCCAUGAAUUCUUGUGUCCCAUAACGCAUGAGAUAAUGAAGGAACCCGUGCAAUGCUCAGAUGGAUUUACUUACGAAAGGGCGGCUAUAAAUGAGUGGUUCCUAUGUGGUAAAUACACUAGUCCGAUGACGAAUGAGCCACUGCACGACACUUCCUUUAGUUCGAACAUCUGUCUCAGAAACGCUAUACUCACCCUACUUCACGGAGAAGGGCCACAAUAAUGAUCGAAACUUACGCAUCGCAUUGCAAUACGAGAAGAGAAAACAAGAGAAUAUUACACGCACGUGUCGGUAA